AGCGCGGGGAAUUUCGAGUGGCAGUGGAGCGCGGGAGACCAGUGGGUAGCGGACCCCCUUGCCUCCUUAGGGGAGACCAUGGACUCCCUAGUUGAGCACCGGUGGCCUCCGGGCCUGGCAGUCAUGAAGACAGUAGAUGAUUUGCUGCGGUGUGGAAUUUGCUUUGAAUAUUUCAACAUUGCAAUGAUGAUUCCUCAGUGUUCACAUAACUACUGCUCUCUUUGUAUAAGAAAAUUUCUGUCCUAUAAAACCCAAUGUCCAACUUGUUGCGUGACAGUCACAGAGCCGGACCUGAAAAAUAACCGCAUAUUAGAUGAACUGGUAAAAAGCUUGAAUUUUGCACGGAAUCAUCUGUUGCAGUUUGCCUUAGAGUCACCACCCAUAUCUCCUGCUUCCUCCUCUUCAAAGAACCUUGCUGCCAAAGUGCACACUCCUGUAGCCUUCAAACAUUCUUUAAAGCAAGGAAACAGGUUAAUGGAGAAUUUCUUUAUUAGAGAAAGUGGUGGUUCUGCAUCAGAGCUGUUGACAAAAGAGAAGAAAAGCAAAUCUAGCCCUCAGAAAGAGGUGAGCACUUCUGCAAAGACCAAAGGGACACCUUUAGAAAAGUCAGCUCCACGUUCCCCGGACACUCGUGUUCCUGAGACACCCUCUACAUCGGCUUUGAAACAAGUUGCUAAAGUGGAUUGUCCUGUUUGUGGGGUUAAUAUUCCAGAGAAUCACAUUAACAAGCACUUAGACAGCUGUUUAUCACGUGAAGAGAAGAAGGAAAGCCUCAGAAGUUCUGUUCACAAAAGGAAGCCAUUGCCCAAAACUGUAUAUAAUUUGCUCUCAGAUCGAGAUUUAAAGAAGAAGCUAAAACAACAUGGAUUAUCUAUUCAAGGAAACAAACAACAGCUCAUUAAAAGGCACCAGGAAUUUGUACACAUGUACAAUGCCCAGUGUGAUGCUUUGCAUCCUAAAUCAGCUGCUGAAAUAGUUCAGGAAAUUGAAAAUAUGGAGAAAACGAGGAUGCGUCUUGAAGCUAGUAAACUCAACGAAAGUAUACUGGUUUUUACGAAGGACCAAACAGAAAAGGAAAUAGAUGAAAUUCACAGUAAAUAUCGUAAAAAACAUCAGAAUGAAUUCCAGCUCCUGGUGGAUCAGGCCAAACAAGGAUACAAGAAAACUGUUGGAACGUCCAAAAAAAAAGUAACAAGAAAAGAUGAAUGUACAGAAAAGCUAUUAUCUGUAUGCGUGGGACAGGAAAAUAAUAAAAUGAAGUUCUCGGAUAUGCCCCCCGUAACAAACCACUUCCCUCAAUCAAAACCGGACUCCCCAGGGAAAUUAGAGCCUGAGAGACCAGAUGAUUCUCCCAGCUGUGUGGAUAUUCCAGAAGAAGCCCUGUCCUCACCAGAAUCAGAGUCCUUUAAUAGUUCCAGCUCAGACAUCAUAAGAGACCUCCUAGAAGAAGAGGAAGCCUGGGAAGCAUCACAUAAAAAUGAUCUUCAAGGUGCAGAAAUGAGCCCAAGACAGAAUCGUCGUGUGAGAUCAGCUGAGAGCGCUGAGCUGGAGCCAAGCAACAAGCGGAACAGGAACGAGUCUGGGCGUGCGGACUGUUCCCAUGAGUGACCAGAAUGUGGUACCCUUUGUUGUAUAGAUUUCAUAUUCAUAAAUGCCCAAGUGAAGAGGUUAAAUUCUAAAUACUACGUUCAACCAAUUUUCAGUCUUUUCUACCUUCCAGGGAAAAAAAGUUACAAAACAUCCUCACUUGGUCAGUUACCUCCUGCCUCUAAAACAUCUCUCUCUAAAGAUACCGACCUCACUCGUUCACCACCUUUGCAGAGGACACAGACUUUUUGGCAAAGGGGUUUUGUUUGAUUUUGUUUCUAAAUUCCAGAAUGUCCUUAAGCCCCUCUCCUUCUCUUCCAUGGAGAAACUAGCUUCAGAAAAGGAUCCUUCAGCCCCCCUCCACCAGGAGCAGUUGAGGUGUUCAGAGCCGCUGUGUUUUUGGAAAGGCAGGAUGUCCUAACUCGGGUCCUCCGUGUGUGGGAGCGCAGGGUGCCUGGGUGCCGGAGUGCGUGUCACAGCAGUUGCAGGAUGGUGGCUGCCCAAGUUUGGUAUGGUUGGUAGUUAGACCGUGUCUUACACUUGACUUGGGGUAGGAUGUUAGCACUGUAACCUAAAGGCACAAACAAUAACUUUGAAACAUUUCGGCAUAUUCUUCAGAAAUGGCACUUACAAAGGAUUCCUUCAUCUUUUUUUUUCCACUGGGCCAAAUCGAAUCUUUAACACUUUGAAUCCCAGCUAUUAAAUGGAAAGAAUGCAAUAAAUGAAUUUUGUAAUAGCGUCUAUAUCAAUUUAAAAUAAAGUCCUUGAAACAGU